AUGUCUAAUUUUGUGAUAAAUGGUCUAUUAAAAUCACGUAAUCCAUUGCUCACGUUUCGCCGGUUCCGGGGAAAGAUAAACAUCCAGCGACCGCGGGCGCCGCAUUACGAGAGGGCACGGGUCCUCGAAGCUAUUAAACCUUUCUAUAAAACUCCGGACUUUGAUGCUCCAUGUAUCGAUGCAGAAAGGGAAAAGAAAAACAAAACUCUCGACAAUCCUUAUGAAACCAUCAUUGCGAGGGAGGCUCGAAAUUGGUUUGAGCACAGUAAACUAGUCAUACUGCUGCAUGUCAAUUCGAUCAAGCAGGAGGAUAUGUUCAAGACACAGGUAGCACUGCAUCGGCACAACGUUUCAGUGAAAGUGUAUGGCAAAUCGGUAAUGCGUAAGGCGGUCGAAGAUUCGCGGUUUGAAGCAAUUUUACCCCUGUUCGAAGCUAAAACAGCUAUCGUCUUCUGCCCGGAGCAGCAGAAAAUUAAACAAGUGUUAAACAUCCUUAAGAAGGCACCUCAGCUGGUUUUGAUGUGUGGUAUUGUCGAAGGAAGGCUGCUUAGUAAGAAUGAGCUACAAACAUAUGCUACGAUGCCAGAUCUGACCACGGUUCGAGCGCAGUUUGCGGCCAUACUGGAUAGCGUCGGUGGUAAGAUCGUCGGUGAUCUACAGUGUCAUCAGAACCAGCUGGUCAAUAUGCUAGAUUCAUACUCAAAAAGUGAGUCACAAACAAGCGAUGCAAGUCCUAGUACUCCCGACAAUGCAGCAGUUACCAGCUAAGUCGUAAAUCAUAGGAAAGAAAUUAACAAG